GCUAAGGGAGAGGGAGCGCGAGAGAGAGAGAGAGAGCGCGAUGGCGGAGGUGAGGGCGAACAAGAAGGUUGUGUUGAAGGACUUCAUAACGGCGGGUUUCCCCAAGGAGAGCGACAUGGAGGUCGUGACGACGGACACCGUCCGAUUGAAGGUCCCCGAGGGAUCGAAGGCGGUGCUGCUCGAGAACCUGUACCUCUCCUGCGACCCUUAUAUGCGGUCGCGUAUGAGCAAGCACGACGAGCCCUCCUACGUCCCCGACUUCGUCCCUGGCUCGGUCAUAACUGGGUAUGGUGUGGGUAAAGUGGUGGAUUCUAGCCAUCCAGAUUUCAAGAUAGGUGACUUUGUGUGGGGCAUGACUGGAUGGGAAGAGUAUAGCCUCAUCACAGAAACAGCGAUGCUUUUCAAGAUCAGAUACACUGAUGUACCCCUUUCCUAUUACACCGGCCUUCUUGGCAUGGCAGGGUUCACAGCUUAUGUGGGAUUUCAUGAAAUCUGCUCGCCAAAGAAAGGGGAAUAUGUCUUUGUGUCUGCUGCAUCCGGUGCUGUUGGACAGCUUGUUGGGCAGCUUGCCAAAUUAAUGGGCUGUUACGUGGUUGGAAGUGCUGGCUCUGAUGACAAGGUCAACUUAUUGAAGAACAAGUUUGGUUUUGAUGAGGCUUUUAAUUAUAAGAAGGAGCCAGACUUGAGUGCAGCUUUAAAGAGGUUGUUUCCCAAAGGUAUCGACAUCUACUUCGAGAAUGUUGGUGGUCCGAUGCUGGAUGCUGUUCUUAUCAACAUGAGGACCCAUGGUCGGAUUGCGGUGUGUGGAAUGAUUUCUCAAUACAACCUCGAGAAACCUGAGGGUGUGCACAACUUAUUUUACCUCAUCACAAAGCGCAUCAGAAUGGAAGGGUUCCUGGUUGGCGAUUUUUUGCAUAAAUAUCAUCAGUUUGAGGAGAUUAUCGCCCAGUAUAUGAAGGAUGGGAAGAUCACUUAUGUGGAGGAUAAAGCUGAAGGACUUGAGAAUGCUCCUGCAGCACUGGUGGGGCUCUUUGCAGGCCGCAAUGUUGGUAAACAGUUGGUUGUAGUUUCUCAUGAAUGAACAAUCAUGUCAGCAUCAGACUACUUCAAUCUUUUGGUAAAUAACCAUUUGUUCCUUUUGAGUAGAUUACAUAAUCAUGUUGGUUGUACUUUCUCAUGAAUGAACAAUUAUGUCAGCAUCAGACCACUUCAAUCUUUUGGAAAAUAACCAUCUGCUUCCUUCCAGUUGAUCACAUAAUCAUGUCCAUAGAGCUCUUAUGGUCAUCUGUAUCUAUGGAAGUCUGAGGUUGUUUGUGCCUUAAUAAAGGACUUUGAACUUCAUAUA